AUGACGAUUCCAUUCCCUCCCCCUGGCUACGUAGAGGCCUCGCUCAAGCGCGUUCGUGUAUUCUUUGGUGGACAAUGGAUUGUCGACACGAAGGUAGCUAAGCUCGGGUGGGAACAUCCGAACUACCCGCAAUAUUUCUUCCCCCUAUCUGAGGUCCCCGAAAAAUACCUCGAAAAAUCUUCUGAAGAUACAUACGAUGUCGUUGUUGAUAGCAAACGUGCGGCUCAAGCUGCCAUAGUCUUCAAGGGCGGCCCAUUUUCUGGACUUUUGCGGAUUGUAUUUGGGAAGAUGGACGCAUGGUUCGAGGAGGAAGAGCAGAUUUUCAUUCAUCCGAAGGAUCCAUAUAAGCGUGUAGAAGUGCUCCCCUCUUCUCGUCACAUCCGUGUCGAAGUUGACGGUGUAGAAGUUGCAAACACGAAACGAGCUCGCCUCCUCUUCGAGACCGGCUUACCCGUUCGCAGUUACAUUCCUAAAACCGAUACACGUUUGGACAUACUGGAACCCUCCAGCCUCACUACUCAAUGCCCUUACAAGGGGGUGGCGAGCUACUACAAUGUGAAGCUGCCUUCGGGCCAGACACGCGAUGAUAUAGUAUGGUGGUACCGUACGCCACUCCUGGAGUGUUCGGAGAUCAGAGGACAUGUGGCUUUUUAUGAUGAGAAGGUCGACGUUUGGGUCGACGGGGUGAAGGUUGAGAGACCGAAGACGCAUUUUGCUUGA